AUGGAGUAUUCUAAGAUCGAGAAAUAUCCCCGUUCGCCGUUGUCAUCGUUGUCGUUAGAAAAGGCUUUCGCACAGCCUGAGCGCGAGAUGCACAAUCUGCUUGAGCACAAGGCGGGGUCUGGCAGAGCCAGAUGGUCUCCGAGACUAUCUAUCGCGCUCUCCUCAUCCGUCUUGCUUAACAUAGCGCUCAUCGCUGCUCUAGCAAUCAUUCUGCGGGGACGUCAUGGGCCGAGCCGGCCUUCUUGGAUGCCGCCAGAGAGGGUAGACGAGCACAUCUUUCUGUCCCAACCAAUAUUUGGCCAGGGGCCCAAUGUCACAACCGAGGACAGAUGGGCUAUGUUAAUGCCAAAAGGCAAUGGCUGGAUCAAUGUGACGGUAGACGAUGGCGUGCUGCCAUAUAUGCCAGGGCUAGACCGUUCCUUGCCUGAGCAAAAGGCACGCCUGUCCGUCUUCCACCAACUGCAUUGCCUGCACAUUGCAAGAGAUGCCUUCGUCCACGCGCGGGACGGACAUCUGGAAAGGGUCCGUGUGGACCACCUUUCUGACUGCUGGGACUAUCUGCGACAGGGCAUCAUGUGCGCGGGCGACGCGACACUCGAAUGGAAGCAGGCCAACGCGAGUGGCGGCGAAGGUUGGGGAUAUCAGCACAUUUGUAAAGACUACACGCUGCUAUUCAUGUUUGCCGAGCAGUAUCGCGCAACGGAGGAGCACUCGUUCCGUGGCGAGUAUUGA